AAAGCCUCGACGUUUCUCUACGGAAACACAUUCAAAACAUUGAACAGUAGGUGAGGCAGCCACCUUGUACAGCCUGAAUAUUGGCCAAGAAUGUCUGGCUAGGAAGAUGGCAUUACGCAUGCGUCGUAAUGCGACAUUCGCGACCACUUUCAGAUGAAAGAAUCCGAACACAAGUGGCACAUCUGGGCUCUCGUUAUUCAGAUCGUAUUCAUCAAACGGCGCCGAGACAAACUUUGUGUCAUUGUCUGACCAUAUGGUCCGACAAAGCUAUAUAUUAAUAUGUUCGAAGCGACGCCGAAGGCAGAAUUGUUGGAAAUAAGCAAGAAGUCCGGAUUUGAUGUGCUCCACGAAGAUUUCGCUAAGUAUCUGGACGACUUAGAUCCGUUAAAAGAAUUCAGAAGUAAAUAUCACAUUCCAAAGAACUCGGACUUACCAUUGGUUGAUUUGACGGUAGUCGAAGCAGAUGAAACAUGCGUGUAUUUGUGUGGACAUUCAUUGGGACUGCAACCCAAGACUACCAAGGAAUACAUCGAUAAUGAAUUAGAAAAGUGGGCAACGCAAGGUGUUUAUGGACAUGCUCACGUUAAAGAUCUGCCCUGGUUGACAAUCGAUGAAAAUGUGAACGGGUUAAGCGCCGAAAUAGUUGGUCAAUAUCUACGUUUCUACAUUAUCUGAGUUUCUUUUCACACAAUAUCAUUCAAAUCAUAGGGUUCUGAAGUACCAGAAGAAAAUUAAACAGACGCUUCAAAUUCGACAAAUUUAGAAGCAAAUUCAUGCUUUUUCAAUGUCUGAUAAGAUAGAUGGUAUAGGGCUCAGUAGACUAAGUCAAAUACGGAAAUAAG